ACUUGGCACCUAAGUGACCACACAUAAGUUGUGUUGUACAACAGUUAGUGAUUUAUACUGUUGCCUUAACAUAUUAUUCCACAUUACUAUACAUCAAAAUAAGAUUGUAACUGCUUGGAAUUACUUACCACCAGUAAUAGUCAUAUAAAAACAGUGAAGUCAUUCCAGACAAGAUGGAGAUCACUUUCUUUUGUACAUGAACAUUAAUUCAAUAAAGAAAACUUGAUUCAAGACGGGUUCCUCACAAUGUCCCUGGACCCUUUGACGUGUUCUGCGGCUUUGGGUUGCUCUUCCUGACCCUGUGGAUGCAUUCUCUCUCCUGUACUGGAAUGUUAACUUGGCUUUAUUUUUUGAAAAUGACUGAUGGUGAAGGUGUUUUCUUCUCUGGAUCACCCUGCCUUCAUGGAUGGUUGUCGAGGUUGGAGAAACUGCAGAUCAUUACUAGUUGUGCCUUUUUAAAACAAAAAAUGUAGGUUUGAAAAAUAUUUAAAAAUGAACUUCGUUAUUGAAGAUGAACUGAACUAAAGUAAAGGAAAAUAUGUUCCCUUAAAAACUAUCACUGGUGGUUAGAAAGAUGUCUAUAAAAAGUAAAAGGGACAAAUAUAGAAGGUAUAUGAAAUGAUAUCUAUUAAAUUUCAUAAGAAGAUAUAAUGGAAGGUGUGGAAAUGGGGUGGAAUACGUAGUAGGAAGGUGCUGCCCCCUGUUAAAAAAAAGCAGCAUAAGUCAAACCAUUCAUCAUUGACUUGUAUGGGCGUAAGAACUUCACCAACUCCAUCAGGGAUAGAGAUGAGGAAGACAAGUUUACACGAGGCUUUCUAUAGGGAAGAAUACUUGCCCGGAGAAAGGUCUGUACGGCGACACACUGUCAGUGUCCCCAGCCGUGCUGAUGGCGGUGCAGGUGAUUUUGGCAGCAUCCCCAUGGGGAGGCCACGACCCCUUCCCUUCCCAGUGUAUAACAUGCAAGGUUUAGGGAUGGAGUUCGGCGGCCUCGGGGCUCACCACAGUACUCCAUCAACUGUGAGAGUGGAUUUUCUCAUGCCUAAUAGCAUCAUCAUUCAGCACAACAUCAGCACUAGUGCUUCUCUUGAAGAAAUUAAGGAGGAACUAUGGGAACGUGCCAGCGAAUUUCCUCUGUUUGGGACUCUCCACGACCUCUCAUCCUACCACUUUGCAUGUAUCAGCCAACGGGCAGAAACUGUGGAGUUGAUGGACGAAACCAAGUGUUUGCAGGAGAUCAAUCCCUUCAUGUGGAUUUUAAAAUUGGUUGAAAGGAAAGGCAAUGAAACUGAAAAAUUACUUAAUCUCCAGAUUGGCCAGUUAAUUGGUAAAGAACUCCAGAAAUUUGAUGCCCUCAAAAAUCCUGAGGUGAAUGAAUUUCGGUGGAAGAUGAAGGCAGUGUGUGAUGAAGUUGUGUCUGCAAGAAAUAAAUUAACCUGGUCUGAACAGGUGCAAUAUCAGUAUCCAGCACGAAUUGCUACAGAUGCUGAGUUGCCUAGAUAUAUAACAGACAGAUUACACGAUGAACAACUUCUAUUGUCAGUUCAAUUUGAUACAUCUAUGGAGUUUCAGCCAACAUUCACCUUUCGAGUUCAUCCUAAUUUUAAAAACAAAAAGAAUUUCUGAACAGGGGCCUUUGCAAAAUUUUAUCAUUACAUUUGUAAGGAAGCCCCCUGAAAUUUUAUUCUAAAGACACCGGGAAGAGGGGAAUAUUGAUUGCUGAUGGCCGCUCGCCAAAGUAAUGUAAUUCGGAACAUUGUGCCAAGAGAUUCCGCCAAACCCCGCAUUGUUCAUCGGGGAACUAUUCAGGUUAUUGACAUUGAAAAUAUAUACGAGAGGAUUGAAGACUUUGGAGUGAAGCAUUUACGAAACUCUUUCUCAGGAAUGACAUUAAGCAAAAAGAAAAAUGUCAAGUUUGUUUCGUCUUGGACAAUUGAAGAUGAAUUCAACUUUCGAAUUGGAACCAUUUCGAAUGUGGAUCUAUAUACUGAUGACCAGGUUGUGGUUGUGAUUGAAGCUGGCCUAUAUCACGGUAGUCGUGCACUCUGUGAGACAAAGACCACACAAGAAGUUAGUAUAAGUGAAAGAACAGGUAAUGUGGAUGAAGACCUAACCUUUUCCAUUGCUGUAUACAACAUUCCACGAAACACGCGUCUCUGUCUAGCCAUCUACGAAGUCAGCCGUAGUGCCAAAGCUGCUAAAGCACGAUCUUCAAUUGGCACUAGACAGGAACUGUAUAAAAGCCCUUUGGCUUGGGUAAACACAGCUGUUUUUGACUACAGAAAUCAGUUAAAGACAGGAGCUAUGUCUUUGUAUGCUUGGAAGAUAUGUGAGGAUCAGACUGGAGAUGUUAUGCCCAACCCCUUGGGUACAUUAGUCAGUAAUCCUAACCACGAUCAAGCAGUCACUCUUACCAUCACUUUUCCUCGCUUCAAUUCGACCUCUAAUAUUAUGUUCCCAUCUAAGGAUAAAAUUAUCUCUACUGCUAAGGAAAAUCCACAGUGCGAUGAGAUCACACCAACUCCUAGUGCAAUGGAGGAGAUUCGUCAAAUGGCAGAUAGAGAUCCAUUGACUGAGCUUCACGAGCAGGAACGGAAGUUAUUAUGGUCCCUGAGAAAUGUUUGCCUUCAAGAACUACCGCAUCUUCUCCCAAAGCUGUUGCAGUGUGUGGAAUGGGAUAAUAAAACUGAGGUAGCAGAAAUGAUAUCUCUAUUGGAAGUGUGGCCUAAGCUGUCGCCAGAUCGAGCCCUUGAACUUCUAGAUUAUGCCUAUGCUGAACCUGCUGUCAGAAGUUAUGCCAUAGAGUGCCUAGUACAUAUCAGUGAUGAUGACUUACUGUUAUACUUGCUGCAGCUGGUUCAAGCUCUUAAACAUGAAAAUUAUCUCUACUGUCAUUUGGUGGAAUUUCUGCUCAACCGUGCCUUGAGGAAUAUGCGCAUUGGCCAUUUCUUCUUUUGGCAUCUCAGAUCCGAGAUGCACGUGCCCUCCGUUUCAAUACGUUUUGGACUUAUCCUGGAAGCCUAUUGCCGUGGAUCUGUAGAGCAUAUGAAAAUUCUUCUUCGACAGUUAGAUGCUCUCAAUAAAUUUAAAGAGGUGAGAGGGAUAGUAACUGAAAAUCGUGCAGUACGAGAUAGAGCAGAGAAGCUUAUGAAAGACCACAUGAAAAAACCACACACUAGAGCAGCCUUGUCUCAUUUUCUCAGCCCGAUUGAUCCUAUGUACAGGAUCAGCACAAUUAAAUCAGAUGAAUGCAAAACCAAGGACAGCAAAAUGGCUCCCUUAUGGCUUGUGUUUGAAAAUGGAGAUUCUCAUGGCAAAAACAUAUACCUGCUUUACAAGUAUGGCGAUGAUCUGCGGCAAGACAUGCUGACUCUGCAGAUGAUUCGAAUUAUGGAUAAAAUUUGGAAAGAUAAUGGCAUGGAUCUUAGAAUGAGUCCCUAUGGCUGUAUGUCAACUGAUAAUCGAGAAGGGAUCAUUCAAGUUGUACUGAAUGCCGAAACUAUUGCUAACAUUCAGAGACAGAAGGGCAUGUUCUCAGCAACUUGUGCGUUUAGAAAAGGAUCUCUUUUAGCAUGGUUGAAGGAUCACAACCCAACUGAUGCUUUACUAAACAAAGCAAUUCAUGAGUUUACACUCUCUUGUGCUGGAUACUGUGUGGCUACAUAUGUCUUGGGUAUUGCUGAUCGUCACUCAGACAAUAUCAUGGUUAUGAAGAAUGGACAACUGUUUCACAUUGAUUUUGGUCAUAUUCUUGGACACUUCAAGGAAAAGUUUGGCAUCAGGCGUGAGCGGCAACCAUUUGUUCUCACACAUGAUUUUAUUAAUGUCAUUACUAAAGGGAGGCAGACACGUUCAGAAGAAUUUGAACAAUUCAAAGGGUAUUGUGAGAAGGCUUUUCUUAUUUUGCGGAAAUAUGGCUCUUUUAUCAUCUCUCUCUUUGCUAUGAUGAUAUCUACAGGACUUCCAGAACUUCAGAGUGAAAAGGAUCUCAAUUAUUUAAAAGAAACUUUGAAACUAGACUUGUCAGACGAAGAUGCUCGGGAUCACUUCCGCUCCAAGUUUGACGAGGCGUUGUCCAAUGCUUGGAAGACAUCUGUAAAUUGGGCUUUUCAUUCAGUGGCGAAAAAUAACCGUUGA